AGUAGGCAACAGAAAAUAAAAAAUAAACUUAUUAACUUACAUUACAUUCGUUGACGAGUUUUUUAAAGAUUAAUAUACAGUUCAUAAUUUUAAAUUGUUACUUGAAACAUUUAUAACUCGAUGAUGGAUAAUGGUACUCAAGACCAUUACAUAAAUCCUAUAUCAAGUUCUGUGGAACCUCGUACAAGUAAUAUGUAUAUUCUACAAGUUAAACCAAGCGGUAAUGAAGGAUCUUUAGAAGCUGAUGCUAUUCCACUCCACUUGCUUAUAAACGAGCAAGAUCCCCAACAUCAGUACUUUAUCCCUGUAGUUCAAGGCAAACAGUUACAAUUAUAUAUUGAUUCCCGUGAACAUGCAGGCACAAAUGUAGCACACAACCAGUUUUAUAGUAUCACUGAGCCACAGAUAACAAAUAAUGAAGUGCAAAUCAUGGAUAUUAGGAAAAGUGCUACACCCUGCCAGGAACAUAUAUUGCAAACCAAAACAGAAGCUUCCACGCUGGAAAAGUUGCCAUCAAUUGAAGACAGAAUUAGCAACAUGAAGGCAUCACAUAAUGCUGAACAGAAAAAGAGAGUAAUUCAAAAAUUUGUGCACAUCUCAGACCGCGUGGUGCCGCCGCGUGCGGUAGCGGUGCUGCCAGGCGCGCUGCAGCUGCGCCACGGUGUCGUGUCGCCGAGGGCGCCGCUGCCGGCCCGCGUACGCUUCGGACCCGUCCAAGGGAUCAAACACAAUCUUUCAACUGAAGACGUCGAAAGCCUAAAAUUAGCGCACUGCAAUUCUAAAACGCCGCUGUUUUUGUUAAAAACGGAGGACGGCACUCACACGCACAUAGAUGUUUCUGACAACGAUAAAUCAAAUUGGCUAAGCUUACUUCCGCUCGGUGACCAAAGCACAGCAAAUGUAUGGCUUUACGAAGAGGACCAUCAGUUAUACGCUGCUACUAUAAAAACUAUACCCGCCAGGGUACCGCUUGCACUGGGAUAUAGUAAAGAAUAUGUGGACACUCACCAGCUACCUGUUGAAGAACCGGUCUUGGACCUUCAAGCAGAACUGUCCUCAAAUCGGCAGUGGUGGUGCCACGAGUGUCAGCGGUCCAUGGCCACGGCCGCGCUGUUGCAGCGACACAUGGACGUCUAUCACACGGAGCAGACGCAUCGACCACGCCGCUACAGAUGUCUACACUGCACCAGAUCUUUCUGCAGAUUGUUUACAUUAAGACGACACAUGGCACGGCAUUGUACAAAGAAAGGGAAAGAAGACAAAAAUAAUGACUUGCAAGCGGUCCAAUCUGCGAAUGGUAUUCUAGACACCUCUAAGCCAGACGACCUGGAGCUCUCCAUGCCCCCUGCGGAAGACAGCCGCCUCCCCUCCGAUGAGAGCCUCCAAACAUUGACCAACAAUCUAGACUUUUCCACCAACCUCUUCGACACGGACCGGAUCAAUCUAGAUAUGUCUGGUAGCUCGCGUUCUGAGGACUUUAACUAUUCGUUGGGGCUGAAGGAUGAUAUGGCGCUAGCAGCUGGCAUAGAUUUUGGGAUGGAUGAAGCAUGCAGUAAAAAGGAGGUGAGAAAAGAGAACACGGAACCAGUAUUCCUAACCUGCCGAUAUUGUAACCAGGCCGUGAUUCGAGGGCGGCAACGUCAGCACGUCAAGGCAUGCACGGGAAGAAAGUUUCACUGCGAGUGCGGACGCUCGUUCCUAUACAAGGACAAACUAGCUCUUCACAUUCACGUUGACCAUCCUAACCUGACGUCUGACCAGCGGAGACGGAAGAAUACAAAUGAAAAUGAGCUGCAAUAUAAAUGUGAAAUGUGCAAUCUCAAGUUUAAGCGGCGCGGCAUGCUAGUAAACCAUCUCUGGCGAGUCCACAAAACUCUGUCAACUGCAGUUCCUCUAGAGAAGAAAGUGAGGCACUACCCGUGCGUCACGUGUCCCAAAGUGUACCGCACUGCGGCGAAACGGGACAGCCACGUGAGGAUACACCACCCUGGUUCAUCAUUGUCCGGCAUAGGAACGUCAAUAGAAGGCGGGCGAGUAGCGUGCGCGCCGGCCGUCUGCAGCGCGUGCCCGCGGCAGUACGCCUCGCGCGCCAAGCUACUGCAGCACGUGCGGCUACACCACCCCGAGCUGGCUCCCCCAGUCAAAAGAAAAUUACGCCGCUAAAAUUAAUGAGAAAAUUACGCCGCCCGCCUGCGAGCCACAUUCUUCGAAUGAUCAGGAGCAAAAAUGCAAAAUGUUAGUAUGUUUCAAGAAAGUUCCUUUCUAAAAUACAUAAUUAAUUAAAGAAGAAAUUUAAGUGAA